GCGUGCUAAAAAAGACCAACAGACUCAAGCUUGGAGAAUCUCACUGCGGGAACUUGAAACGAAUGCGGGAGUGUUACGCGCUGUGAGCAAACUCGUGAACUAAAUCGUUUUGGGUUUGUUUUGUUUGCUAGUGUUUCCGUUUGGUAGUGUACACAAUACAACUUGCAGGACUCUCGGGAUCAGCCAGAUUCAAUUGAAAUAAAACAUUAUUUUGCAAAGAAAACCUGACCUGCAUCUGGCAACCAGGUACUCUGCUCCUUUGAUCUUGAUAACAUAUAGUGGAAAACUGUUAUAGAAUAAAAGUUGGAGAAUAGAAUCCUACUUAGCCCUGAAAAUACUGCUGGGCCAAAGAGGAAUUAAUCAUGGCUUCCACGCUGCUUACACGUCAGAUUGUGAACACACUACAGCAGCACCUGAAAAUAGUUCUACCAAGGACAAGAUAUAGUAGUCAGGCAGCUGCAAAGAGCAAAGAUGACAUUGAUUACAGUGGCCCUUUGAUGAAAACAGAAGUGCCUGGACCAAGAUCAAGGGAGCUGUUAAAAGAAUUGAAUACAAUCCAGAAUGCAGAUGCAGUUCAUUUCUUCUGUAAAUAUGAAGAGAGUCGAGGCAACUACUUGGUGGAUGUGGAUGGAAAUCGACUGCUGGACUUGUACACCCAGAUAUCUUCAAUUCCAUUAGGAUACAACCAUCCUGCUUUGGUCAAAGUGCUGCAAGAUCCCCAGAAUUUGAGUGCUUUUGUAAACAGGCCUGCCCUUGGAAUUUUGCCUCCAGAGAACUUCCCCGGAAAUUUGACAGAGUCCUUGCUUACUGUAGCACCUAAGGGUCUCAAACAAGUACAGACGAUGGCAUGUGGUUCCUGUUCCAAUGAAAAUUCCUUCAAAGCCAUUUUUAUCUGGUAUCGAAAUAAAGAAAGGGGACACUGUGAAGCCUCAAAAGAGGAAUUAGAAACGUGCAUGAUUAACCAGGCCCCCGGCUGCCCAGAAUUCAGCAUUCUGUCCUAUAUGGGAGGCUUCCAUGGAAGAACAAUGGGUUGCCUAGCUGCUACACAUUCAAAGCCUAUUCACAAGUUAGAUAUCCCAUCAUUUGAUUGGCCAAUCGCCCCAUUUCCCAGAAUGCAGUAUCCCCUGGAGGACUUUGUCAGGGAAAACAAAGUAGAAGAGGCACGAUGCUUGGAAGAGACAGAGGACCUCAUUGUCAAAUAUAGAAAGAAAGGCAAGCCUGUAGCAGGAAUUAUCAUUGAACCAAUCCAGGCAGAAGGUGGAGACAACCAUGCCUCAGAUGACUUCUUCAGAAAACUAAGAGACAUUGCCAGAAAGCAUGGCUGUGCAUUCAUGGUGGAUGAAGUCCAGACUGGAGGAGGUAGCACUGGGAAGUUCUGGGCCCAUGAACACUGGGGACUACAAGAUCCUGCCGAAAUUGUAUCAUUCAGUAAAAAGAUGCUGUCUGGUGGCUACUUUUACAAAGACGAACUGAGGCCUAAUAUUCCAUACAGGAUUUUUAACACUUGGCUAGGCGAUCCUUCCAAAAAUAUACUUCUGGCUGAAGUGCUUAAUGUUAUUAGGACAGAAGACCUUUUAGCCAAUGCUGCCCAUGCAGGGAAGGUCCUAUUGGAUGGCCUACUGGAGCUCCAGGAUCGGUAUCCCCAUCUUAUAAGCAGGGCCAGAGGACGAGGGACUUUUUGUGCUUUUGACUGCCCUAAUGAUGCAGCUAGGAACCAGCUAAUUACAAAAUCACGAAACCAAGGUGUUGUUAUUGGAGGCUGUGGUGACAAGUCAAUCCGCUUUCGUCCUUCUCUCGUAUUUAAACAGCAACAUGCCCAGCUGUUCCUCAACAUUUUCAAUGACAUUCUGGCCAACUACAAGUAGAGGCAGCUUUGGCACUCAGAAGGUAUUCAACCAACAACAGCGAAAACUAGCAGCAGUAGAAGGAUUGUCUUGUCUGACGUACAUCCAUUUUAAUGAAGUAUUAAUCAGAGUUCGGCACAAGAGCCGUAUAACUUGUUCGAAAUGAAGUGGAAAAAUUGAAGGAAAUUCCUAGAUAGAAUAAUUUAUCUUUAAAUAAAAACUAUGAAGCUGGCAGGAUUUAACCUUCCCUUUUAAUCUUGGCGAUUUUUAUCACUAGCAUAAUCAAAGCAUUUGUUUUAUUGCAUUUACUGUGACUACAUGUUAUUGCGCUCUCCUUCUGCUUAUGAAAUACUGAUAUCAUCUGGCAUAUGUGGAGCCUUGAAGGCCAUAAAAACAGAAUAAUCUAGAUUCCUUGCAGGAGGGUUAUUGAAUCAUGAAGGGUCAUCCCCAUUAUGUUGAAAGUUGAUCCACUUCACACUGUAUCACUUACAUUAAGGAAAGAAGAAAGUAUGAAAUGGUUAAGUAGAGGAAGGAAGUGGAGGGACAUCAAGUUGCAGUUAGCACAAGUUGUAUUGACUGUGAGGUAACAUACGUUAUUAGUGCUCGGUAAUUAUUUGUGACGGUCACAAUAGCCAUGAACAGCAGAGAAAAGGCAGAAUACAUCACCAUAAUGGUUCUGUAUCAGAAAGAGAACCCUAGUGAUGUGUUGUCAGGAAAAGCCAUGGGUACCUUGUACCUUAUCUGCAGAUUCUUUCUUCUGAAAAUGUCAGUCUAAGUGACAGUGACACUCUUCACUCUUUUUACUUGUCAUUUACAAUAAUACUUUUGAGUCAACAAGCAGUUCCAACAUUCUGAAACAUGCUGUUUGUGAAAACAAGCAACCCUUUCAACAUAUGCACUGCUGCAGAAUCUUGAGAUAUUAUUUUUAAACAAAUGCACAAUUAUUCAUUAUCAUCUUCUUAUCUGAAGAAAUAAAAUAAAGUAAAUGAAAAAAUAUAGAUAUGCAGGCAGUGUCCUGUCAAAAGUUUCUUAAUAUGUAGUAGUGCAAAAAGUGUGUGAACCAGCCUUGUAUUUCUCUGGAAGUACGUGAAAGUCUGUGUCAUAUGUUGUAUAACUCACAAUCAGUUUCAUGUUUUAGUCUGACACAUUGUAGCAAUGGAAAAUGAGCCUUCAUAACUUUAGCAUACCCAGCAAAAGCCAUCUUAGGUGACAUAUUUGAAAAUUUUGUUUGUUUACAGUGGUCUGUGGACAGUGCCAAAUAAAUGUGAAGAGGUAACGUCUGUCAAGAUAACAGUAAUAACUUUUAACAUUUAUGAAUAAUUGCACACAAAUCUGUUUAUGCACUACAUAUACUUACUGACAGUGUUAAUCAAUGUUAAAUAAACAGAACAUUUUGCUCUA